AUGUGGGACGGGAUUUAUAGAGUUAUAGGCCGCACAAUCAAGAGGCAAGAAGACAUUCCCUUAAUCAUUAAUGGUGUAACUAUGGGAAACCAGGAAUCAGCCAAGGAGCUGGCUGACACAUUCUACCCAGAAGAUGACACCAGGGGUGACAACGUCAGACACAAACAAAUAAGAGAAGCGGCGGAUGCUGUAGACGAAGGGUCACAUGAUGACACAUGUGACCCACCUUUUACGAUAGAGGAGCUGAUGUGGUCUGUGUCCAGUUUCAACCCCAAAAAAGCACCAGGGAAGGACGGCCUCACGGCUGAUAUCUGCCUAAAGUCUAUUUCUCUGAACCCGGCAAUGUUUUUGGCAAUAGUCAAUAAAUGUCUAAAUCUGGCAUACUUUCCUAAGAAAUGGAAAGAGGCGGUUGUAGUGGUGCUGCGAAAGCCUGGGAAAGAGAACUACACACAUCCCAAAUCCUAUAGACCUAUCGGACUGCUGCCUGUGCUCGGGAAAGUCUUCGAAAAAAUGUUGAUACAAAGAAUAAAAUGGCAUAUUACACCUAAACUUAGCCGGAGACAAUACGGAUUUAUGCCGCAGCGUAGUACCGAAGACUCCCUCUAUGACAUGAUGCAACUAAUAAAAAGCAAGCUUAAAGACAAAAAGUUAAUCGUAUUAAUAUCUUUGGACAUAGAGGGAGCCUUCGAUAACGCAUGGUGGCUGGCAAUCAGAUGUAGAUUGGCAGAAUCUGGUUGCCCGAUUAAUCUGAGAUGUCUCAUAGACAACUAUUUCGAAGACAGAACCGUUAGCAUCAGGUAUGCAGGAGCAGAACAUAUGAAAACCACUGCUAAGGGCACAACCCUUAGCAGUGGUUUUCAUGCAGGGCUCAAUAGGGGGUCCUAUAUUUUGGAACCUGUUGAUAGACCCUCUAUUACAGGAACUGAGCAAAAAAGGGGAUUAUUGCUAGGCUUUCGCGGACGACGUGGUCCUGAUCUUCUCCGGGGACAGGGCACUUGA